GCGCGUCAGUCGCGGCCGCUCGCGUCCAGUGUCGGAGGUGCACUCGUAACAGAGGGCGCCCAGCACCAGAGCUCAGGGGCAGCCCCCACCCCUCGCUUCCCUCAGAGCUAUAAGCGCGCCGUGCCCGGUGGCCAGCGCAGUCGUGUCCUCAGGCAUCGUUGGGUGCAGUCGUUCGACAUCGUGUGCUCCUGCCACUAGUGCCCAGUGCUCGUGUCCGGUGUGCGGACCCCGUGCGCGAUGACGCCGGUGACGUGCCGCUGAGUCACUCAAAUCUCGUGGACCCAAUGAGUUCCUACCAAUUCGUCAACUCGCUUGCCUCGUGCUAUGGACAACGCGGCGGCGGCGGCCAGGAUUCGGACUAUUACACGCCGCAAGUGCAGCCGUAUGGCGCAGCCGGUGGCUGUUACAGCGGGCCCGCAUCGCCCGUUCAGCCUUAUGGAGGUCCGUACAGUCAACCUGCUGCGCACCUUCAAAACGGCGAACAUCCUUUUGCCACAGGCUGUGCACAACGCCUCGGUGGACACCCUAGUUCACGAACACCAACGCCUUCGGCACCUGCCGCCGUCGCCAGUUGCAAGUACGCGGCCGAGUCCACAGCGGCGUCUCCGCAGGACUUGAGCGCGUCUAGCACCCAGUCGCCAUCAAGCCCCGAGACCCGGGGCUCGUCGCCGUCGCCGGGUCAACCACCGUCGUCAGGCGGUGGUGGCCAGCAGCCCAGUCCGCAGCCACAACAGAAUCGGCCCGUCGCAACCGCCGCGUCCGGCCAAAACUCAGGUCCAAACUCGUCGCCACAGCAACAACAGCAAGGUCAACAGAAACCUGCCUAUACUUCAAAUCCACCGCAGAUCUAUCCGUGGAUGCGUAAAGUUCACGUCGGCCAAAAUGGAGUAAAUGCAAUGGGCGAGACGAAGCGGCAGCGGACCUCAUACACCCGGUACCAAACCCUGGAACUCGAAAAGGAGUUCCACUUCAACCGGUACCUGACGAGGCGGCGAAGGAUUGAGAUCGCGCAUGCGUUGUGCCUCAGCGAGCGCCAGAUCAAGAUCUGGUUCCAAAACCGGCGCAUGAAGUGGAAGAAGGAGCACAAGAUGGCCAACACCAUUCCACCCCAGAUCCCGCAGGUCAUACCCGACCACCAUCCACACAUGCACAGCGAAACCAAGGCGUAGGCAGGCCAGUUGUUGCCAUUCUCAUAACAGGGUUUGUUUGUCUUCUCCCACCGAACUUCCUAACGAUUCUACCGUACAUACCUCCACACAGACUCGUUAAGUUCUUCCUACCGCUUCCUCCCUUCCGAAACGUCCUAUACCCGUCCGGGAAAGGAAUCGAAAGAACGCCGGCUAACAUGUGUGUACGAAGCUUCUUCUUUUGCACUUCGAAAAAGGGGCACACACACGCGCGCAAGUUAGAAACGGAAAAAAUAAGUAAUAAUAAGUAAAUAAAUAAAUAAAUAAGUAAAUGACAGGAGGUCUCCCCUCCGAAAACUAGUCCAAAUUCGUGACACCAACACCCAACGCUAUAAUCUAAGGGCAUAGAGUGUUGGCGUACAGGUGGAAAUGCAUAAUAUAUUCAUACACUGCAUAUCGGUCCAUGAAUUAUUCGUGAUCAGCACACAGGCAAAAGGCAAUACCAAAUACAUAAAUAUAUAACCGUUAAGAAAGCGAAAUCGUUGCAAACCUUCAAUCAGAAUGAUCAAAAAGUGCAUUAUGCUGUCCGCCUCAUUAUUAGACGUAGCUAUUACGAAUUUCCAAAGCAUAACUUAUGGAAAAUUAUGAUAAUAUUUCCGAGAGGUGACAUCGAAGCUUCAGGGUUAUUUUAUGAAGAAAAACAGGCAAUCAGCGUUAACCAUAGAACUUACAGCACCGGUUGUUCUCAGUUUUGUCAUCUGAACAUCAAAAUCUUAGCUACGAAAAUUUUCACACUUGUUUCCGACCAUCAGAAAUGGUGCCUCAUCCUUUGUGCUGACGCAGCUAAAAUCACCAUCACACGUUCAAACCAGGAAUAAUUAGUAAACGCUAUUUACACAACACAUUCUUCUGUUUCUUUUCCCCUUAGACAUCCGAACUUUAAACCCUCGUUUGAAAGCAGAAUCUCACCGACUUACACCUCACGAUACAAUAUCACCGAAAGAAAAACAAAGUUCCUUGGGGAGCAAACAAACAUAAGAAUAACAACGACUGUUUUCUCUACGUGCGUGGUGAUCGACACAUGACAGGGGCAGAGAAACGACCGAGAACCCCGGAAAAAAAGAAAACGCGAAAUAUUGGCUACGGGUAAAAGUACCACCCGGGCCAAAGUGCGCGAAUGUUGCUCAAGGGUUCGGUCCAGUCAUAGCCCGUGGAAUACAAUGCGUGUUGUGGAGGCUUCCAGCAUCGCCUUUUCACCAGAAACCAUGGUGGAAGUUUACGGACUCGACAAGAGACAUAUGUGUAAAAAAAAAAAGUAUAUACAUAUAUCAAUACAUAUACGUGUUAACGUAUAACCCCGUUCCCUCAGCUUCGUGUUUCACUCCCUCAUCGAGCGACGGGCACAAUAGGGUUGGGUCAAUCGCCCUGCGUUAACUUAUCGUCCCUCCCCAACGUGCUGCGAUUCGAACGUUCGUUUUGUUGUGCGAGUUCAUACCGCCUGCAAGAAAACGGAAAAAAAGGUCGGCGUCCCACGCGAGGUCGGCGCCCGUGCAAGAAAAUAAGAAGGAAAUAUAUUUAUACGUGCAUAUAUAUAUACAUAUGUGUAUAUUACACACCAAUGUGACUUUUAUUUGAGGCGACACAACACAUAAUGGUGUUCUCAGGACACUGUGCGUGAUGACGGACGUUGGUGACGUCAAGAGAAAGACAAUGUAAUGUGCUGUCGUGACGAUGAUGAUGAUGUUGAUGAUGAUGAUAAGGAAGCGGGGUUUCUGCGAUGAAAAAAGGUGGUGAUCUUGCCUGUCCAGUGGGCAGAAAUAAUUUAUGAAAAUGUACAAAGAGGCGAUUAUGUGGAAGCGAUGAUACGCGAGACAGAAAUAUGCUGUAAACAGAAAGAGUGCUAGGUGAUCUUUUUUUUUUUUUACUACUUCUUCUUCUUUCCUGGGUCAAGUGUUACAUUGCUAUUGUAGUUUUCUCUUUUUGGAUAUUGUUGGAAUUUUUAUGCGACAAAGCAUGCUGAGUUGAAAGUACCUAGGUUUUGUUCAUUGAGCAAGAGUCAGUAUUCGAUGCUGGCCUCUAGAUCUCGUCCUUGUUGUUCAACAUUGAAGACUGAUCUGUCCAUGUUGAUCCCAUAUGUGUAUUUCCGGUAGAACUUCGUUAGCGUGAUCUUUCACUCUGAGCAACCGUUCGUUAGAAAACGGUAGAAGUUGAGGUUGUGAAUAUAUUCUCUGUAGAUAUACUUUAGGGUCUGUUUUUCCAAAUAUGUCUUUCUUCCAAUUUCUCGUUUACGUCCCUCGGUAAAGAAUAGACAAGCCAGUCUAAGAAGGAAAAACAGAAAGUGUGUAAGUUUUCGCGGUGCCAUAUGUUGUUAUAAUUAUGAAACUUUCGAAGGCGCUUUUAGUUAGUCUUCGUUUUCGUUUUUCUUAGUUUUUUUUUUCUUCUUUUCUUUCUGUUGCGUCCCGUGUUCAACCUACGAAUCG